CGACCACCCACAGUUCACUGCGGCCUCGCGAGCCGUGUUAGCCACACACACGUCGGCCCACUGUUGUGCUCGCGUCGUUCAACCGCUCGCCUUCUGGUUCUCACUUGGACCCUCGAAGCCUGCUCGGAGUCAUGUAAGCGGAGCGUUAAACCCGGGAUAUUCUCUCUCGGAGAUAUAUUUAUUUAUAUAUAUAUAUCUCGCGAAUAUUCACAGAGACAGAGAGAGAGGAUCCAACACGCGACGUAAGACACGUGGUGCGAGAUGGGAAGCCUGCAUCGUCGCGAAAAAUUGUGGAGUAAACAGCGAAAUCUUUCGCUCACGCCUAACGGAAGAACGAAUCCGCAGUGACAAAUGUCGAGUGGUAGAUUAAGUAAUGCGUAUUAUAUCAAACCAUUUUCGAGGGAGGACAAUGAUGACGGUCUAAUUUCGAUCCACCGUUCCUGGAUUUCCUAAUGUCAGCACGAGUCACUCAAUUCAGGAAGUGUCUCGCGUUUAAGACUGACGUUCGAACUCUGAUCUUCCGCUUCUGAACACUAUCUUGCCGCGAACAAGAAGAAGAGAUGCCAUUAAUAGAUCAAUGAUAAUGAUGAUGAUGAUGAUGAUGACUCGACUUCGAUUUUCUACGUGUGCAUAGAUACUUUGCAAAGAAAUGCUGAAGACAUUUCUCUAAUUAACGGAUUGACGAUGAUUGAUAGUGAAAACUAACUAUAACAGUUUCCGAAGAGAUAUAUUUGUUCGAUAAGUCGGGGCUGAUGCGCCAACUUCGCGAUAAUAUCGUAUACGUCCUGAAACUCUCCCGAGUGAUAUAUUUCACGAAAUUUAAUAACAAUUUCUAUUAAAAUUUCCAAUAAUCAGCAUUCACGGCAUCUGCGCAUUAAUUUCCAGCAAAAUUUAAUUUAUUCAAGCUGGAAGAAGAUUAUCGUUUCGUGUUCGGCCGAAACAUUUCUCUUGUUUUAUCAGAACAGAUAUAAAUCGCAUCACGGCUUUCAUCACCGAUGAUACUACAUGUGCGCUUUUCUUGUUGCUCGUAAUCAAUGAUCAGAGAGUUUCUAAAUACCAUUAAUAUAUCUCGAUUGCAAUACAUCUGGUUCAAAAAAAGAGACAAAAAUUCAGACCCAUAUAGAACUGAUAUAUUACGCUCUCCUUUGUGAAUUAAGACGGAUAACGGAUGAGGACGACGUGGAUUCUGUUUAUAUCGCGAUAUGCUAAGAACACGCGGACAUUCGAGAAGGUAGAAGCCUGUCUUCGCUCUAAUCUCGUCAACCACGUGUUUCGUGUGAUAUCUGUGAUGGUGCGAGUACCGUGACGAGGUGUGACUUUGUGCGAAGUUUCGAAGGAUGACAGUGCAUUAAGUGUUUGUACAAAAGAGGUAGCUAUUUCCUCCAAUACGCGUCAAUGGUUUUCGAUUCAUGUAGAUUGCACGUUUUAAAUUUAAAAAGCCCCCAAAGCCCUUCUUGCGCUCAUUCAGGGAAUACUGAAAUUAAUAAAAAAUCCGUUUAAUGCAUUAUAAAUUAAUUAAAAAUGUGGCCUAUUUUAGGCCUAUUUCAAAGACAUUAUUGUUGUAAUAUUGAUAUUCGAUAGACAUAUUUUGUAAUUAAUUAAAAUGCGAUACAUUGUCUAUGCUGUAUCACAAUAAUGGCAAAUGUGCUGAUAUUUUCACGAGCAAGUUUAAUAUUUUUAAUUUUCAAUUUAAAGCAACAACGUGGAUAAUAAUCGCACAUGUAAUUUCUUAAUUUAUCGCAUUAAUACGUUCGCUACCAAUCUAUUUGUGAAAAUGAGAUGGUCAUAAAUACAGAUAAAAUAAUUACUUUUUUUUACGUAAUUUCAUAGACUUUAAAUUAAUAAAAAACAAAUAAAAAUUAUUUUCCGAUUAUAUUAUUCAUCAAGGUGACAAAUUAUCUUUUGUCAUUAUUUUCACAUUUAUUCAUUUUUAAUAAAAAAUAAUACAAAUUUAAUAAAGAGGCUCUUUGACGUAAAAUCAGAAUAAUAAGAGAAAAUUAUUGUGUGUAUAGACGCUCUUGCGCAAUAUUAAUGUAACGCUAUAAUAUUAAUUUGAGAUUGGUGUAUAUAUAUGAUGUUAUGGUACGCAAGCAAUUUGCUAAGCAAAUUACUAAUGUUAUAAAUAUAUAUAUGAUAUUUGGUAGUGAAAUAAUUAAUGCGAUUUCAUAAUCUUAUUCACAAUCAUAAACAAUCAUACAUAAAGCUGGUGUAAAUAAUACGAAUUAAUAGUAUUUAUAUAGUAUAUUAUAUAUGCUAAAGUAAAGGCGAUUAAUUCGUCGGCUCAGUCACAUAUUUCCGCUAAGACUAUUUGCAAACAACACUCUGUCUGCUCAUUCAAUAUAAUACAAGCUCAAUGAAAUUUACUUUGUGUCGCACAAUGUCUUGCUUUCCCACGAACCGUUUAUCGAAAAACAAUAGGUUUCACUUUCUUAAUAAACAGUGCGAGCAGAAUGUGAUCAAAUAACUGAAGAAAUAACUCGAAUGUAAAUAUAACCGAGGAGCUAAUUAGAGUAAUUAAAGAAACGCAACUGAGAGAGUAUAAAAAUAUCAGAAGAGGAAUAAAUGUAAUGUAAUAAUAUAACACAAGAUAUAUAGAAAGAAGAAAUAAUAACGAAUCGAAGAAUGUCGAACGUAUAAUAACGGAAGAUGUCUUUAUCUCCUGGAACCUCGAUUAAUCAACGUGAAAGACAUUGUGACAUUAUUUAUGUGUAUGAGUGGAACAUUGAAACAUGAAACUAAAAUACUAUAAAUUGAUUUUCUUUCGUGGAAAAGACGCGCUGGAAGUAACUAGAUCGGAAAAUGUGAAUCAACUGAGAGAAUCUUCAGAUUACCAUUGUGCGAGGAGACUACAAAAUCUGCGAAAAAUGCAUCAUUCGAAAAUACCGUUUUGUCGUCAGCCUAAAACAAAGUCAAAGAGCAACUGCGUAAAACUAUAAUUAAAAUUACGAGAACAGAAGAAAGGCAAAGAAAGACUAUUUAAUCGCAGUUGCGACUAUCUACGUAAACGGACAAUCAUUAGAAUAGCUCAAGAAGAUCCAAAUAUACGAAGUACUUUGUAAAAAAAAAAAAAAGAAAGUCGAGUAACCAAGUACUCUACUAUUCAAGUAUCAAUCUAAAUAACUGAACGGAGCUCACAUACGCACAUUUCUCGAAAAAUGCGUUCCUAUUUAAUUUCCCGAGAACGGACUCUACCGACAGGCGGCUCACAAAGCAUUCCCAGUAAAUCGUUUUGGAUGCCGCGAGCGAAAAAUCUCGAGAUUUACGACAUCGCGCAGGCGAAAUCGUAAUCCGGCAUUUGUAAAUGGAUCGGUUACACGCCGUCCAUCGCUUCAAGGAAGAAACGCAAAACGACGACGAAGAAGAAGCCCUCGAGAGAGAAGACAAAAAAUAACCGCAGCUCAUCAAAAUGGGAUUGAACGAGACAUUGGAGGGAAAGCUGGACAACGGCACGGAUCUGCAGAGCGAGCUCCUUUUCGACACCGGGCAGCGCAACACCAGCAAAAACUAUCACGACGUCGAGUACGUCCUCCUGCUAACCUUCAAAGGCUUCAUUAUGGGCUUCAUCAUUCUCUCUGCGCUUUUGGGUAAUCUACUGGUCAUUGUCUCGGUUAUGAGACACCGAAAGCUCCGGGUAAUUACCAAUUACUUCGUGGUAUCGUUGGCCUUGGCGGACAUGCUGGUCGCCCUGUUCGCCAUGACGUUCAACGCUUCGGUCGAGCUUUCCGGACGUUGGUUAUUCGGAUACUUCAUGUGCGACGUGUGGAACUCACUGGAUGUCUUCUUCAGCACCGUCAGCAUCCUCCACCUCUGCUGCAUCAGUGUCGACAGAUAUUACGCGAUCGUUCAACCGCUCGACUAUCCGUUAAUCAUGACGAACGUGAGGCUGGGAACCAUGUUGAGCGUGUGGUGUUCCCCGACUGUUAUGAGCUUCCUACCGAUCUUCGCGGGAUGGUACGCCACGAAGGAACACUUGGAGUACAGGCGGGCCUACCCGGACGUUUGUGUGUUCGAGGUCAACAAGUUCUACGCCGUCAUUAGUUCCGGCGUCAGUUUCUGGGUGCCGGGGAUAAUCAUGAUCGCGAUGUACUACAGAAUUUAUAUAGAGGCCGAUCGGCAGGAGCGCAUGAUGUAUCGGAGCAAAGUCGCGGCCGCUCUGUUAAACAAACAUUUACAGAUCAACGAUUCGGCAGGUCUGACUUCUCUGCCGACCGUGGACCAAUCGUCACCCGAGCCACAACCGGAAGAGCCGCCGAUAACUAGUAGCAGCAAGAUGAAAAGAGAACGGAAGGCAGCCAGAACACUCGGCAUCAUUAUGUCGGCGUUUCUGGCCUGUUGGCUUCCCUUCUUCCUGUGGUACAUCAUUACGGCGUUAUGCGCCUCGUGCAAAAGCGGCGAUAUGGUGGUGGCGAUCGUGUUCUGGGUAGGCUACUUCAACAGCGCCCUUAAUCCACUCAUCUACGCAUACUUCAACCGUGAGUUUCGCGCCGCCUUUCGCAAAACCCUCGAGAGCUGCUGCCGCGCAUUCGGCCCGGUGCAUGAUCUGCGCCAGGUGCAUCGCAAACAGGAUCUCGUGCACAGCAACGCCUCGUCCGAGCUGCACGUCAACAAUCAGCUGCGCAACAGCGAGAUGACCAAUGUCCACAUCGAGGCGUGCAUAUGAGCGGAUCUCGCGGAUCCGGCUGCGCAAAAAUAAACGGCCGACCCCUCGCGAGCACGAGAAAAAAAAACGUAGAUAGAACGGACGAAUUCGCGAAGUGUAUCGAAGCCGAGAGCGUUUCACAUUAAUUUAGCAAUAAUUUUAUCUUUUUUUCGUAUAAAAAAAUGUGAGAAAAAAUUAAUGUAUAAGAGAGAAGAUUUUUAAAAUUCUCUUGAAGAGAAAAUUUAAUAUGUGAAAGAGAUGGAAUUUUUUCCCCACAAUUCAUUUCAAUAUAAAAUAGGUACCUUUCUUAUAUUUGAGAAAAAAUUAAUGUAUAUGAAAGAGAAGAUUUAAAAUUCUCUCGAAGAGAAAAUUUAAUGUGAAACAGAUUCAAUUCAAUAUAUAAUAGGUACCUUUCUUAUAUUGAUUACAAAGCAACAAACUUUUUUAGCAACCUAAUAUUAGAGGGAAUUAAGGCUGUAUUCAUUAUUAUUACCGCGUCUUCGUUUUCCUUACGAUCCUCCUCUGACUAUCUCUUCAGAUAAAAUUUAAAAACUUCAGGGAAAGGAAAAGAAAAAGAAAAUCAAUA